ACCGGAAACCGAGUGUGCUCGAAACCGAAAGUUAGAGCUGAAGAGGAAACAAGUUAAAAUGGAGUCUCGCUGACGUUUCCCUACAUCUUCUAGCUUCUUUUAUCCAUAUUACUUAUUUGCUGAGAGACGUUUUUGCCUCUGUGUAGUCAUAAACUCGCGGUGUGAAUGUAGGAACGUUAAUAACGUUUUCGUAACAGCAGCGGCGGAGGGAGACAGCCUGCACGUUACAGAGACGUUAGCACGGAGAGUUCGGUUUUUUGGGACGUAACCGGCUGAACCUGCUGCGAUAAGUGAGAUUUAAGUCACCUGCACACCUGCGGCGCGCGAGUCUGACUCUGCCACAGACAUGGACCCGGACACUGAGGUUGAGCGCAUCUUGAGGCAAGAGAGGGAGGAUGAUGAGGAUGACGAGGAGGAGAAGAAGAAGCACCAGAGGCCUCCCUCCAGCUAUGGCUCGAUGAAGAGUGACAGUGAGGAGGAGGAGGAGGAGAAGGAAUGUGAUGAAGAGUCUGGACAGGCCUUCUUUCCCCCGCUUCCUGUGGUGCUACCUGGGUCGUCAACUCAUGGGGGGACAGGGUUGCAGAUGAUUCGCUCAGAGUCUCCAGAGACGCUCUACACCAUGACCACGCAGCAGACCAAACCGCCAGGAGCUGUAGUCAUUGAGACCAGGUCAUCUGAUCUGGGUGAUUUGUCAGAGAGCGAUGAAGAGGAUAUGGAUGAAGUUUUGGUAACUCAUUCACCAGAACCACCUGAGCCUGUUGAAUUUGAUGAGGCAAUGCAGACUGACGAGAACAGCCAGCCGGGCAGACUGCACCCAGAACAGGACCUGCCGCAUAUAUUCAGGAGUGUCCAGGGUGUUCUGUCAGGCCUCACUCCAGAGGAGCUUUACAAAUUUAAAGUCUGGUUUUACCAAUGGGAACCAGCCAUAACUCAGCAGCAGGUGAUGGAUGGAGACCUUCUUGAUUUUGUGGACAGGAUCAUGGAGAUCCUCGGUCAGGAUCGUGCCCUGUUACAUACAAUUAGUAGCCUGGAGCAAGUCAACAAGAAAGAGGAAGCAGAGGAACUGAAGAAAAAGUGCAAAAGAGCGUUGAUGCGUUUUCAACUGAAGCAGUAUUUGAUCAGAAAGCACCAAGUCAUCCGUGAGGGUGUAGUUCGAGCCGGAAGACAGAACAUGCUGGAUACAAUCUACGUUCAGCCCCAUAUUUCCACCUGUGGUUAUGGAGGAAUCGACCCCUCCCAUUUGUUCCCACAACAACCUCCGUCACCUGUCCAGGUCCCCAGCCCCGACACUUAUGUCGACCUGAACAAUCUUUUCCGGCUACAGAAGCCCGAUGGUCAGCCAGUCAGGACAGUGGUGACCACUGGAAUUCCAGGAAUUGGGAUGUCAGUGUCUGUGGGAAAAUUUGCCCUCGAUUGGUCAGAACUGCGUGCAAAUAAGGAUUUGCAGUUCAUCAUCAAACUUUCAUUUCGAACCUUCUGGUAUCUGCGAACCAAAAACCCUCUUCCCUCAAAGAAGCCUGAAAUGUCCGUCAUGGAAAUCAUUGAAUAUUUUCAUAAGGAGUGUAAAGACACUACAUUCCUGGAAGAAGAGGAUUGUAAAUUUCUCAUCAUCAUGGACGCGCUUGAUUGUUACCAAGCCCCUCUGGACUGGGAGAAUGCUCCAGUCAUAAAUGACAACCACACCCCAGCACAUCCUGAUGUCUUAAUUGUAAAUAUCAUCCGAGGCACUGUGCUUCGUGGUGCCCGCGUCUGGGUCCUCGGGAGACGGGCUGCUGUCUCGCAAAUACCACCUCGGUUUGUAGACGCUGUCACGGAAAUACAGGGCUUCAGUGAUGAGAUGAUAGACGAAUACCUGACCAAACGCUUUGAUGGCGAUCUACCAACGAAGAUCAUUGCACAUUACAAGCGCGUCCCGAUGCUCCGAAUUCUCGCUCGUCAGCCAUUUGUCAGCUGGAUGGUGGCCACAGUGUUCGAGCGGUGCUUCCGUUAUCGGGGAUAUGGGGAGCACCCCCCGAGGCUGACACCGUUCUAUGUCAGCAUCUUGAUCGUCCAGAUCAAUCGCAGGCUGCAGUUCUACUAUGGGAAAGGGGAAAACGAACUGAAAUGGUCCACUGACGACAAGAACCUGGUGACAAAGAUGGGCAAGAUGGCCUUGAAGAUGCUGGAGAGAAACAAGAGUGUGUUUGUUGAAGACGACUUGAAGGAGUACGGCCUGAAAUUGACGGAGGUGGCAGUGUACUCCGGCGUGGUCACUGAGCUCCCUGCUGCAUCUGCAGAUGGGAGAAGGACGUUCUGCUUUAUACACUACACUGUCCAGGAGUUCAUAGCGGCUGUGUACGUCUUCACGUUGUUCCGCUUAGAAAACAGGAACGUCCUGGACUCCGGGUUGUUGCAGAUGCCCAAGAUCUUCACCUCCAAAGAUCAGACCAAAUCAGCAGCAGGCCUGGUCCAGUGUGCCCUGGAGCGAACACUGAGCGCCCCACUGGGCCAAUACGACAUGUUCCUGCGCUUUCUGUGCGGCAUGCUUUCCCCGGACUGCCACCACAAUCAGAUGAGCGGGUGUCUCUUCAGCCGCAACUCGCCCAAGGUGAGUGGGCUGGAUGAGGCGCAGCGGCUGCUGGAGCAGACAAUACAGAACGCUGAAGAGAGCAAUAGAGACCGAGUGGAAAACUUAAAGGAGUGCCUUAGAGAAAUGAUCCAGGAAGAUGAGUGACUCUGUGAGAUUGAAUCAAGACAGUCGGCACUGCUUUAAGAACUCUAAAUCACUUUAAGAAGUGAUUUGAUCGGAAGGGUUUGUGUCAUUUAGGCUUUGAUAACAUUAAAUGUCUUAUGAUGUUUUUGAUAUGCGUAAAAGAGUUGCACCAGACAAAAUAAAAUGUUAUUCUAUGCAUUUCUGUUUCAGAAGUCUGACACGUCUUAAAACGAGCACUAAUAAAAAUGCGUUCCCUCAAUGAA